UUCAAAUAAUUGGAUCAUCCAAUAAAAUUCAUUAAAAUAUGAACUUCAGUUAAAGUUCUUCAAAAAUUCGCACUUUACACACUUAUUACUAACAAUUUUGUAGAAUUAAUUAUUUUAAAGGUUUAAUUGAAUGUUUUUUUUUUUUGAAAUUAUUUGAAGUAUUUAUUUAUUUAUUUAUUUAUUUUUUUUAAGCGAUUGUGUAUAUUGUAAGAAUAACAGAGAAAAUUGCACAAUGUUUAUUGUUUUUAUUUUAUUUUAGCACUAUUUAUGAAGUUGGACCCUGGUGCGAAUUUGGGUACACUCAUCCUGGGGAACAACAACGUUCAUCAGGAAUACCGUGGGAGAGUCGCCCUGAGUUGUCGGAUGGGCCUCUUCGUUGGUGUCAAGAGUAUAUAAAAUUGCGGGCUGAUGGCCCUGUUUAUUGGCGGGGUUACUGGAUGCCGGUUGACGUGCGCCAUCCAUCCGAAUUCUUUGUGAAGAAGGGUCAGAGAAUGGUAGAGAAGCCAGGAGUUGAAUCUUCUGUGUGCAGGAUUUCUCAGUUGACCAAGGGUAUGGAAGGGUUGGAGUGGCAGCCCAUUGUUAAAACAUUGGUUUUGAUCAGGGUGGAACGUUUCACGUUCACGGAGGAUGGACCGAACAUUAAAGUAACUUGGGCACUACGGUCUCGUGUGGACAAUCUUCUUUUGUGGAGUCCAAAGUAUUGUAACACUUGCAAGAACGUAUCGUGUUACAAAAGGAGGCAAAAUUUAAGGAGACGACGUACCUAAGUGGCUUAUUAUAUAU